UCGCAAACAACAUCGCCAUUUCAGCAGAUUGCACCACGCAUGACUCCUCCACCUUUCCACCACUCCUCAGCGACCACCUACCAUUACCAAGACCAGGAGAGUGGACCUUUUUUUACUGUCCACAACAGGAGGAGAGGAGUGAGGACCCCCUCUCUGUUUCUCUAGAGCACACACUUUUUGUCAGUGAGGCCCCUGCCACAGUGUAAUUGUAGCAGCAGUGGCCUACCAUUGCUUUGCUUUUGGUGAAGGAGAAGGAGAGGAGGAGGGGACAUGUCGACCUUUGCAUCAGGAUCAGUCGCCGUCCACAGCCCGGCCAUGUCGAUUGAUAUUGUCCAUGACAGCUAGAGCUCAGCCGCUAGAAGUUCAGAGCACACUGGGUUCACCUGACACUUGCAGUAGCACACAGUCCCACACCACUCUGCUCUUCUGCAUCUAGUAUUUGCUUGGAACUUGGAAGCUGGUUGACCACAGCCGCCGUGGAUGGCCGGCGGCGGCAGGAGGCUCUCGGAGGUGCUGCGGGAGCAGCAGGAGCCGUUCCUCCUUCACGGAGAGCCCUGCUGCUCCGUCGCCGACGAGGGAGCCAGGGCUUCGUGGGGCCGGGCCGUGCGGAGGGCGCUGCCGCGGUGGCGGUGGGACGGCCUCGCCGCCGGAUGCUUCCCCUGCGCCACCCGCUGCAAGCGCGAGAGCUUCCGCCCGCUGCCGCGCGCCGGCCACGCGCGCUGCGACGAGGGCGUUGUUGGUAUGGAAUCCGACGGCGACGACGGCGCGAGGCGGCUCAGCCCGGUGUCCGUCCUGGACGUGCUGCGGUGCUCCGACGACGAGGAAUGGUCGUCGUCCCCCACGCUCAGCGACUGGGAGGAGGAGGAGGACGACGACGACAGGCCAUCGUCGACGCCAGGGAGCUCGCCGCCACCCGACCCGCUCACCGACGAGAAGUCGGAGGAGGAGUGGAGGAAGGUGGUUUCGUCCUGGGAGCGGAUCGCGGGGGACAUCGCAAGAGUCCCGGCGCUUGCGGAGCUGGACCUGUCGACCUCCAUGUCCAUGUCGGCGAGGGAGUGGCACGGGGAGGCGGAGGCCGAGCGGGUGGGCGCGAGCGUGGAGGCCAUGAUCUUCGAGGACAUGAGCGCGGAGGCCGUGCGCGACAUGGUCGAGCUGUAGCGAAUCGGAGUGCUCCUUGUCCAAGCUAGACUCUGCAGCUGGCUGAGUGAGUUGAUCAACGAGAUUUCUACCAUUUCUGGGUUCAGUUGGUAUAAAGAGUACUCUACGUAGUAGUAUAAUACUUGUACUAAGUAUAGCUAGGAGCAGACUCUGGUUGCAGUUGCAGUUGUAGUACAGGGCAGUGGGGAUCCGAUGCAAAAAUGUAUGACUCGAAGAAGAAAAAAAAAGAAAAAUCCCAGGAGAUAUUUCACA